AUAAAGAUUGUUUGGAAAGAAGUAUUUGCUGAAACAAUUAAGAGAUGUUGGUUGCGCAUAAAAAUCAUAUCUCUUCAUGAUGAAAACGGAGCACCUGUUAUCUCCUCUACAAUUGUUGAAGAAUUUGAUGAUGUAGAAGAAAAUCCACCUCUUGAUCCAAAUGAUGAAUUAGCAAUUAAAGAACUUCAGAAACAAUUAGACAUAUUACAUGUUUAUAACCCAAUACUAAUUGAAUAUUUGUUAAAUAUUGAAGAAGAACAAGAAGUACACCACCAGUUUACUGAUGAAGAUCUAAUUCAGACUGCUACAGAAAUAGAACAAGUCAAAAAUAAAUUCAUACUACUACUCCUAACUAGAGAAGAACAAUUAAGUAUUUCGUGCAGUGUAUUGAGAAUUGUUGAUGAGAGGAUCGAUGAUGGAGGAGUAACAAUGAAAUCCUUACACAAGCUACAAUUCUGUAUCCGUGAAGAGGUUCAAAAAGAGAAAGCCGGGAAGCAUGUCCAGAAUAGUUUGGAUCAAUACUUUAAUGCUUGA